AUGUCGAUUAUGAGCUAUACUGGAGGAACCGUCGUCGCCAUGGCCGGUGAUGAGUGAGUUUCGAUUCUAUUCCAUUUCUAGCAAAAUACGCAGCUUUUUAAGCUGAAAAUAUCACAAAAACGUCAAAAUUCGAAAUUUUUGCAAAUAAAUUUCAAAAUCAACCUUUCAGAUGCGUCUGCAUCGCCUCGGAUCUCCGUAUCGGAGAGCAGAUGACGACGGUCGCCACCGAUCAGAAAAAGGUGCACAAGGUGACGGACAAGGUGUACGUCGGUCUCGCCGGCUUCCAAUCCGACGCGCGCACCGUUCUCGAGAAGAUUCUGUUCCGCAAAAAUCUAUACGAACUCCGCGAGAACCGUCGCAUCAAGCCCCAAGUGCUCUCCGAGAUGAUCUCCAACCUCGCCUACCAGCACCGCUUCGGCAGCUACUUCACCGAGCCGCUCGUCGCCGGACUCGAUGACACGAACAAGCCGUUCAUCUGCUGCAUGGACACAAUCGGAUGCGUCUCGGCGCCGCGUGACUUCGUCGCCGUCGGAACCGGACAGGAGUACCUGCUCGGAGUGUGCGAGAGUCAGUUUUCAGCGCAUAUUUCUCAUUUUUCUGAAUAUUGUUCGUUUGCAGACUUCUGGCGCGAGAAUAUGAAGCCAGACGAGCUGUUCGAGGCGACCGCCCAGUCGAUUCUGUCGUGCCUGGAGCGUGACGCCGCCUCCGGAUGGGGAGCCGUCGUCUACACCAUCACCAAGGACAAUGUGAACGUGUCGACGAUCAAGGCUCGCAUGGACUAA